AUGAGCCUUUUUUCUAUCAAUCUUUCUGUCUUUUACGAUGAUUUUUUUUGUCUCUUUCUUUCGCAAAAUUCCUCCCCCUCUCUCUCGCCGUUCCCUCUUCCUCCACUCAGUCCCCCCCUCUCUCUCUCGCCGUUCCCUCUUCCUCCACUCAGUCCCCCCUCUCUCUCUCGCCGUUCCCUCUUCCUCCACUCAGUCCCCCUCUCUCUCUCUCUCGCCGUUCCCUCUUCCUCCACUCAGUCCCCCCCUCUCUCUCUCGCCGUUCCUCUUCCUCCCUCAGUCCCCCCCCCUCUCUCUCGCCGUUCCCUCUUCCUCCACUCAGUCCCCCCUCUCUCUCGCCGUUCCCUCUUCCUCCCUCAGUCCCCCCCUCUCUCUCGCUCGCCGUUCUCUCUUCCUCCACUCAGUCCCCCUCUCUCUCUCUCUCGCCGUUCCCUCUUCCUCCACUCAGUCCCUCUCUCUCGCCGUUCCCCACUUCCCAUUUUCGCUUCCUCUCUUUUCAUUUUCUCUUUCUUGCUGUUUUUCCAUUCUUUCUCCUUUGUAAUACUACUAAUUUCUCUUUCUUUCUUUAUUUCUCUAUAUUUCCUCUUAUCUCCUAAUCAUUCCCUCUUUUGCCCUCCUUCCGCUUCCUUACACCCACUCUUUGCUCUUCCGUCUUUCACCCACUUUCCUCCCCUACUUUUAAUCCGCUCUCUAUUUUUUUUUUUUACUCUUUCUUUCUCUUUCAAGUCCGCUAAAGUUUCAAUUAGAAGAUAA